GCUCGGGAUCAUCACAUUUACAAAACGCAAUGGCUCAAACUCGUAUUCUUCUAACCGGGGCUACAGGCUACAUUGGUGGCUCGGUCCUAACUACACUUAAGGCCAGUAGUACCAUUGAGGUACAGAAGGCACAGAUCGACGUCCUCAUUCGCGGGCCGGAGAGGAUUUCGGAGUUUGAAAACCUUGGUGUUGGAGUCAUUGUCUUCAAAAGCUUAGAUGAGACGGAAUUUAUUCGGAAGCUCGCGAGUGAUUAUGAUAUCAUUAUCAACACCGCUUCUGCUUUCCACACUGAAUCCGCUAUCGCCAUGAUCAAUGGCCUCCAUGAUCGAGAGACCAAGACAGGCCGGAAAGCCCAUCUUAUCCAUACCUCCGGAACGUCCAGCAUUGCUGACCGUCCAGUCAGCAAAGUCUACCUUGAAUCCCGGGAGCUGCACGAUACCGACGAUGUAUAUGCGUAUCAACAGAGUCGCGAGGCUCACGAGGCCUAUAAACAGCGCACUACCGACCUGGCCGUCUUCCGCACUGGUAUUGAUCUUUCCGUCAAGACGACGAUCAUCAUGGCCCCAACAAUCUUCGGCAUUGGCACGGGCCCUAUCAACCGGCUCUCGAUCCAAAUUCCCGCACUCAUCCGCCGUGCCUUGCACUACGGACACGCUGUGGUCAUCGGGGAUGGACAAGCCGAAUGGGAUCAUGUCCACAUCGCCGAUCUAGUGACCCUGUUCGAGUUGGUCCUGACGAAGGUGUUGAAGGGAGAAGAUGUGCCGUACGGAGCUAAAGGACUGUUGUUUGCAGAGACGGGUCGCCAUACCUGGAUGGAUGUGUCUCGUGGCAUUGCCGCCGCGGGUUUAGAGUUGGGCUUGCUGGCGACGGACGAAGUUCGUCGUGUGUCACUCCCAGAGGCAGCAGCCUGGGCCGCAAAUGGCAGUGCGCAAGUGCGCGAGCUGGGCUUUGCAUCGAAUGCUCGGUCGAAAGCUACACAGAGCAGAGCAUUGGGAUGGCAACCACAGAAGACAGAGGCGGACUGGCAGGGCGCAUUCAAGGAGGACUUUGAAGCGAUUGCCAAGACUGUUGUUUAAGGAAUAAUCUGUAUACUCUUUUCAAAUCAGAACCCAGGGAAUUGAUAGCUCAGAAUGCCUGUCUAUCCGGCUUUCUUCACUCUUAGCUAAUAU